CCAUAAACGUCAAAUUAGUAGGUAUUUAUUUAUUGACUUCCAUCAUUAUCUCAAUUAAAGUUCUAUCGCUAUGUAUCGUAGUUUGUAAUGGGCGAGUUGAGCUUUUAAAUUGAAUGACUGCAACGACUAUGACUGGUGAUCAAAGUCCUAAUAGUAUAAUUGACCUAGCAGACCCUGAAGAAGCUGUACUUAUGGAUCCUAUAGAUCACGAUCGCUGUCGAUACCCGUAUUGUAUUGUUUGGACGCCUAUUCCGGUACUAACAUGGAUUUUCCCGUUCUUGGGUCACAUGGGCAUUUGUACAUCAUCUGGAAUAAUCAGAGACUUUGCUGGGCCAUACUUUGUGUCUGAAGAUUUGAUGGCAUUUGGGAACCCUACUAAGUACUGGCAGAUGACUCCUAACAAAGCUACAAACGGACAAGCAGGCUGGGAUGCUGCUGUGGCCGAGGCCUCAGAGAUAUAUAAAAAAAGAAUGCACAUUCUAUUCUAUGACAACUGUCACUCACAUGUGGCAACAGCUCUGAACAUUAUGAACUAUGGCGGCUGCAAGAACUGGAAUAUGGUGAAGCUGGCCUUCUACAUGAUACCAUACUCCAGAUAUGUCAGUGUUGGUGCUUUCCUGAAAACAUGGGUACCCUUUUUCAUAAUAGUUAUAUUCAUAAUUAGCUUGGCAGCCAUCAUUUAGAUGGAGAUGUUGGAGCGUGGGCAUCAGAUGAGAAAGUCUAUUGUUUGUUGAUACUCUCUUCAAGACUAUGAGUGAUGAAAUGUUUGGUGCUGACUGUCUGGUGAUGUUAGAGAUAUGAGACUAUUGUGUUGAUAUGCUAUUGUAUUAUUUAAAUGAAAAUCAUUAUUGGACAUAGCCUAUUUGCAUUACUUGUGUUGCACACCUUUGUGUGAAUGAAGCAACCAUUCCGGUUGGUAUAUUUGAUAAUACUGAUUUCAACAUGUUUUUGUUAAGACUGUCUUGGUGUUGCCAAUACCAUGUGCGGCUUGGCGUCCUCGCGGCGUCGCCAAAUGCGAAAUACUAACAGACACAACUUCUGAAUGAGAUCUAAUGUUAUUUUGAAACUAUUCAAAUGUGUCGCAUAAAUAUAUUUAAUAUAGUUAUUACAAAGCACCUGUGGUACAUUAUUCAAAAAUAACUUUUAACUUUUAUUUACAAUUUAUUUAUCUGCCAAAUCUGUGUAACAAUAGUUUAUUACUUAAGUUAUUUCUAUCACAAUUAUGGUUUAUUUUUUUAGAUUUAAAUAUACUGUGUUUUUGUCUGAGAGGUACUCAUUGCUAGAAAUCUGUUGAUCUCUGGAACAGGGAGAGCUCAGCAACUGUCUUUUUCCAUACAAGUUAUUUGAGUGAUUAAAACAAAAUAUAUUAUGUUUGGA